AUGACAUCAAAUUUCGUUAAGGAAGAGCCUUAUGGCCCUGAUUUGAUCAGUAGGCUUCCUGACACACUUUUGUCUGAGAUUGUAUCACAGCUACCUGUCGAUGAAGCUGUAAGAACAAGUAUCUUAUCAAGGCGAUGGAAAAGCUUAUGGAGGUAUGUUUCUCGUCUAGAUUUUGAUCCAAACCGAAUGAUGAAACCAAGCAAACGUAUUCUUUAUCAGGAGAAAAAGAACCUGCAUAGGCAUGGAAUCGAUAAUUGUUUGAACCAUGAUGUAGAGAAAGAGCUUUUCCAUGCUGUUAUGAUGAUUGACAAGGUAUUGUUUUCUCAUAGAUGUAACUUGACUAGUUGCAAGAUCAUUCAUUUUCCUGAUAGCUGCAAAUAUGGUCAGCUUAAAAAAUGGAUUGAAUUUCUUGUAUCAGAGAAAGGGAUACAAGAGCUAGCUUUCACUUGUGAGGAAUUCCCUUUUCAGCAAAACGUUAUGGGCAGAUUUACUGAUUUAAAAUUGAGUUUGCCAUCAGGGAUUUUCUCUGGUACAACGUUGCAUGCACUUGAGUUGACACAUUACACACUUGAAAACGACUCCCCAUUUGAUCAUUGCCAUAAUCUUCGAACCUUGAAACUUAAAUGGUUGUUUCUUACAACUGAAACCCUUGAUGGAAUCAUAUCUAGUUGUGCUUUUUUGGAGCAUUUGAGCCUUUCCUUUUGUACCGGGUUUGAUCGAGUUUGGAUUGUUAGUGAUCAUGUUAAAACUGUGGAGCUAGAGUACUUGGACGUGCACGAAAUAUACUUAUCAACAAUGUCCCUUGGUGUUUUGGUGCUUGAUACUUUAAAAUGUCCACCCAAAAAAUUGGUUAUCAAUGCCCCAAAGCUUAAGGUGUUUUGUGCAUAUUGCAAUGGCGAAGAAGAAGGUCCACACCAUUUUCUCAAAGAUCAUGAACUUGUGAAGGUUGCAGAAAUUCUAGAGCAUUGCUGUGGUCUUUUGAGACCUGGAAAUGAUCAAAGUUAUCACUUAAAGGAUGACUCAAGCUUGUUCGAAAAUUUAUGUACGUUAUCAAUUGACUUGGAUUUGAACAAUAUAAGAGAAGUGUUGGUUCUUGCUGUUGUUUUACGAGUAUGCACCCAUCUGAAGCAACUUGAAAUCAAUAUACCGGAAAUAGAUUUCAAAUGGAAGGGAGCAACCUCAAAUCAUGGUACUCAAAAUUGCUCGCUGCCAUACCCGGAGUCCAUGUUUUGGGAUAAAAGGGAGCUAUGUGAUUGUAUCACACAUAGCCUAAUUGUGGUAUCCAUAAAUGGAUUCAAUGGAAAGGAGAGACAACUGGAAUUUGUUAGGCAUCUUAUAACAAAAGCUACUGUGAUGAAGAGAAUGAAUAUCUGCUUCGAUGAUAGUUGUUCAAGAGAAGGAGCUAAGGCAACACUUGAUUUAUUAUUAUUGCCAAGGUCCUCCAUCGAUGUUUCUAUAGUUUUGAAACCAAGCCCUGAAUUUGUAUCGAUUGGGAACGAUGCAAAUUUUGAAACAUGGAUCUCAACCCUUAAAUAGUUUUA